UACAACUAACUACACAGCUUUACAGCUUUUUCAACUUUUUUUUACAAACUCUGUGUUACUGACAAUAAUUAAAAACACCAAUGACUUUGGCUCAACUCAUCACUCAAAUCCCUCCAACCCAUGGAUUGACGUAACAGUGCAGGAUAUGCUGGCAUUCAUGGCCAUGGUAAUUUAUAUGGGUCUAAUAAAACUCCCGUCCAUAACUGAUUACUGGAGAGAAAGUCAUCUGUACAGCUUGCCGUUCCCUAAAACGCUUCUUACCGGAAAGAAGUUUCUCAGGAUCUGCCACUCCCUUCACCUCAGUAGCUUGGUGGAUGAUGCUGCUAACGAGCAGAGAAGAGGUACCUCAGAAUUUGAUCGUCUUUGCAAAAUCAAGCCACUAUACAGUGAGAUUAGGGAUGCAUGCAAAAUAAACUAUCACCCUGGCCAGGAAAUUUCAAUUGAUGAGCGGAUGGUUGCCUCUAAAGCGCGUAUCGGGAUUAAACAGUUCAUGAAAAAUAAGCCUUGUCGCUGGGGUUAUAAACUUUUCGUACUGGCGGACUCGAGCAAUGGGUACACAUGGGACUUUUUUGUGUAUGAAGGAAAGCUGCAGGGAAACAGUGGGAAAGGACUCAGUUAUGAGUCAGUAAUGGAGCUUGUUGACACACAGUUGCUUGGCACGGGUUACAAGCUCUUUGUUGACAAUUUUUAUACAAGUCCCUCCCUUUUCUGUGAUCUCCUUCAAAAGAGGAUCUGGGCAUGCGGAACGAUACGCACAAACAGAAUUGGUUUUCCAAAAACCAAAAUAAACACUCUGGUUUCGAAAUCUUUGCGUGGGAGCAUACGGUGGAUCAGAAAGGACUCCCUCCUCUUUGUGCAAUGGCGAGACACAAGGGAUGUUUUUAUGUGCACAACACUCCACACAGCCCAUGGGGGGGACACUGUUCAGAGAAGAGUGAAAGAUGCAGAUGGGCACUGGGUUUUGAAGAACAUCUCUGUUCCACCAGCAGUGAAGGAGUACAACCGGUUCAUGGGUGGAGUGGAUCUUUCAGAUUCGCUGAUCAAUUAUUAAAAAGUCAUCCACAAGAC